AUGGCAUUAAGUUGCUCUCCAACGGCGGAUACGGUCUUUGGGCCUCAAGUCAGCACCGCCUGUCGCAGCUUUGAUUUUACACUCUAUUUUGAGGACAUCUUCCUCACGUGCCUCCCAGCUGCAUGCCUCAUUUUGCUUGCACCUGUUGAGCUGUGGCUACUACGAAAAACACUUCGCCAAGUUCAACGGUCCCUACUUCUGAAAUGCAAGUUGGCGGCUUUGGGUGCUCUUUUCGCAUGUCAAUUUGCAUUUACGCUCGUCCGACAACUACGGACUCCGGUUGUCUACACGAAUGCAUCUCUACCAUCAGACGUGGUCGAGUUGAUCGCGAUUAGUAAUGCUAUCUUACUCUCUUAUUUCGACCACUGUCAAUCUGUCCGACCGUCAACAUUCCUUGUGUUAUAUCUAUCAAGUCGCUCUUUAUUAGGACUCGCCCGGAUCAGAACAUUAUGGCUCAUCCCAGGUGCCAGGAACGCUGCAAUCCCAAAACGCAAAAUCUUGGUGCCAAAUGCGGAGAAGCCCAAAACACCAGAGCCUUUCAGUGGGAUUUGGAAAAGAGCAAGUUUCUUGUGGCUCGCUGCGACAUUUCGAAGGGGUUAUGUGAAGGUUAUGAGUGUUCAUGACCUUCCGGAACUGGAUCCAAAACUCAAUAGUCAAGUUGUUGCGCGAGAGUUGCAAGAUAGCUGGAGUCAAGUUCGUGACAAGUCAGCUAAAUAUGCGCUUCUUCGGGCAUGCUUCCAGGCGUAUCUUACUCCAUUUUUGUCUGGUGUUUUGCCCCGUCUUCUUGUGUCCGGCUUUACGUUUUGCCAGCCGUUCCUUAUGAAUUCAAUGGUGUCUUGGACUGAAGAUAGCGACGCACCAAUGUAUUCUGGAAAGGCCAUGAUUGGUGCAUAUGCUCUGGUUUAUAUGGGAAUGGCUGCAUCCACAGCUCUGUACGGCUACUACACAUUUCGCGCAACAAUCCGUCUUCGAGGAGGUCUCGUCUCAUUGAUUCACAGACAAACGAUUAAUGCCAGAGGAGUUGACCUUGGGGAAACUACCGCCAUCACCUUGAUGGGCACGGAUGUGGAACGUAUCGCAACCGGGUUUCGAUCAAUUCAUGACUUGUGGGGAUGUCCGAUUGACAUAGGUAUUGCGAUUUACUUGCUGGAGCGACAGGUUGGCGUGGCUUGUCUCGUUCCAAGUAUCAUUGCUAUCCUUUUCAUAUUGGCAACCUUCAAGCUUUCUUCCGCCAGCAACAAGUUUCAACGACAAUGGGUUGAAAGAGUGGAGGAGAGAUUGCGCUUCACUUCUUACUCACUGGAGAAUACCAAGGCUGUCAAGAUGCUAGGCUUGUCAGAAAAGGUCUUCUCGAUGAUUCAGCAACUCCGACGCGUUGAAAUCGCUACUUCGGCAGUCUUCCGCAAGCUGCUCGUGGGUGUUAUUGUGCUGUCGAACUCCCCCGCUGACAUCGCUCCAAUGGCGACUUUUGUGGUUUAUGUUAUUAUCGCUCUCGUUAAACAAGAUAACACGAUACUGGCUGCACAGGCAUUUACCUCGCUCUCUUUGAUAUCAUUGCUGACAACACCUAUUCUGGACUUCAUCCAGUCUGUACCCCAAGUUAUCCAAUGUUUAGGAUGCUUGGAUAGAAUACAGGAAUAUGCUAGCGUACCCGGUCUUUAUGAGGAUGAUCAAGGUCAAGAUAAAACGGAUGGCAAAGAUACCGAGAUCAGCCUCCAGAACAUUCGAGAAUCAACCAGUCCAGGAAGUGAUCUGGUCAAAUUUUCGAACUACAGUGCCGGAUGGAAGCAUGGCGCAUCAUCAGUUGUGCGCGAGAUCGAGUUGAGCAUCCAGAAAGGGAGCAUCACCAUGGUAGUCGGGCCUAUUGGAAGUGGUAAAUCUACCCUUCUCGAUAGUAUGCUCGGUGAGACAGUUGAUAUGAGUGGAAACAUUGAGCAAAACGUUUCUCGCAUUGGAUAUUGUUCACAGACGCCAUGGCUACAGGGUGACAGCAUUCGAAAUAAUAUCAUUGGCUCCUCGCCAACUGAUACAGACUGGUAUACUACAGUAGUAACCGCAUGCGGACUUAGUAAGGAUUUGGCUCAGCUCAAUCGGGGCGAUCAGACAAUUCUCGGUAAUUCAGGUCUGACAAUCAGUGGAGGACAAAGGCAACGCAUCGCUUUAGCUCGAGCUCUCUACGCCCGAUCCAAAUUCUUUUUGUUAGAUGAUGUCUUUAGCGGAGUUGAUGCCACAACCACAGAGUCUAUAGCAAGCAGCCUGAUGGGCGUGAAUGGUCUAUUCCGUCAGCUCCAGUCCACAGUGGUUCUUGCUACACAUUCUGGCUUUCUCCUUCAAUACGCCGAUAUCAUUUUUGUGCUCAACAACGGGACUAUCGUUGAUUCCGGUAGCUUGACAGGUCUUCAAUCAAGGAAUUCAUAUAUCCAAGAAUUGAAAGCAACAGGGACAAUGGCUCUUUUGAAAAAAGAAAGCGAUGAGACACUCGAAACUGCCCAGGAACUCUCUCAUGAGACAAAAGAAGUUGAUGUGGAGGAUGAUGAAUUUCUCAAUGAUGAAUCGUCAACUGAUCCUACGCGCCAGGGUGGAGAUCUCUCUAUUUACGCUUAUUACAUAUCAGCUUCCGGGCGGACGUCAGUGACGUUCUUCAUUGCUAUGGUUGUGAUCUGGGCCUUCUGUCGUGAAUUCUCAACAAUCUGGUUGGAUAUAUGGACAGCGGCAAAUGCUAAAAGUCCAAACUCCCAGCUGGGAAAGUAUAUUGGAAUUUAUAUCAUGCUCAGCUUGAUUGGAAUAUUUUUCAUGGUUGCUGGUUGCUGGAUCUUCUUCGUCCGUAUCGUGUCUAAAUCGGCACUUCAACUUCAUGGUAACCUGGCAGAUACUACGAUGCGGGCUUCAUUCCGGUUCUUCUUGGACGUCGAUAUUGGCAGCAUUAUAAACCGCCAGGAUAUGGAUCUCAUCGACAUGGGUCUUCCUCUAGAAGCCCUGAACUUUAUCGGCGCUGGCGCCACCUGCAUCGUCCAAGUAAUUAUUAUAGCCGUCUAUGCAAAAUAUCUCGGCAUCAUUAUCCCAUUCCUAGCCAUUUUUAUCUACAUGAUCCAAAGAUUCUACUUACGCACAUCUCGACAAAUACGACAUCUGGACAUCGAAGCAAAAGCACCACUUUACACCCACUUCCUCGAAAUUGUCAGUGGUGCGACUACAAUUCGCGCUUUCCGAUGGCAGGAGGCAUUUGACAAAAAGUUCACACCCUUGUUGGACCUCUCACAGCGCCCAGUAUAUAUGCUUUACUGCAUCCAGCAAGGUCUUGGGUUCGUUCUAGAUUCUAUUGUCGCGGUGAUGGCUGUGGCUUUGGUGGCUAUAGUGGUCAUUUUACGUCGCAUGUUCAAUCCCGGCGACGUUGGCGUUGCCCUGACCAUGCUCAUGACCUUCAAUUCCAGUCUAAUGCAACUCAUCAAAUUCUGGACGAGGAUGGAGACUUCCAUAGGUGCCGUUGCUCGUGUCAAGAAUUUCGUGGCUACCACUGAGCCGGAAGAGUCGGAUAUCGCUUCCCAGGUAGAAAUACCUGCGUCAUGGCCGAUGAAUGGGUCGAUUAAGAUCUCAGAUAUUACUGCUAGCUACUCCCCGGAAUCUCCACCUGUCUUACAAGACAUCUCAAUGAACAUAAAGUCUGGUGAAAAUAUCGCAAUUUGUGGCUCAUCCGGCAGCGGGAAAUCCUCACUCAUUCUAACUUUGCUACGAAUGAUUGAAAUCCAGCAAGGCUCAAUAAUAGUUGACGGGAUCGAUAUUUCAAAAUGCUCGCAAUCGGAACUCCGAACUCGACUGAACGUCGUAACUCAAGACCCGUUCAUUGUCCCGGGCUCAGUACGCUUCAACAUUGAUCCCUUUGAGAUGGCAUCAGAUGAUGCAAUCAUCACUGUCCUCCGUAGGGUAGGCCUAUAUGAGAAGAUUGAGGAAGGAGGUGGCCUUGAUAUGGAAAUGAACUCUGAGUCAUGGUCUAUGGGACAACGUCAGUUACUUUGCUUAACACGGGCAAUGCUGCGAGGUGGGAAGCUGUUGAUUCUGGAUGAGGCAACUAGCAGUGUGGACCAUCAGACUGAAGAGCUGAUGCAGGAGAUUUUUGAUACCGAAUUCUCCUCUCAUACGAUUUUAUCUGUUCUUCAUCGACUACGGUACAUCCAUAGAUAUGAUCGUGUCGCUGUUCUCGAGAGUGGGUCACUGGUGGAGUUCGACUCUUCUACUGCAUUACUUUCUCGUGAUUCGCGAUUCGCUGCGCUUUACAAUUCUGGAAGUCAUUGA